UUUUUUUUUUUUUUUAAAUCGUUGCCCGGUCUUCCUACCGCUGUUGCGUGAGAGGACCAUUUUAAAUAAGGAUGCUGCUCCCUUCGUUACGGACGUUGGUGUCGUGUGGCUGUCGAAAUGCUGGGAGAGGAUUUCAGCAGAGCAAUCGGACUCCUCAUUUGCGGCAAUGGCUGGCGAAGAGAAGCCAGCACUCCAUCACAGCAGAGGCAGGAGCCAACACAGCUCCAGCUACAGUUCCCAACGCUGCCACCAAUCGGCUCCUCGGCCGAUGGCUGUUGGGCUGCAGUGGACUGGUGGUCGGGGCAGUGGUGUUGGGAGGUGUCACAAGGCUGACUGAGUCAGGGCUCUCAAUGGUAGACUGGCACCUGGUGAGAGAGAUGAAGCCUCCUCAGACUCGGGCCGAGUGGGAGGCUGAGUUUGCCAAGUACCGGCAGUUCCCAGAGUUCAAAAUAAUGAACCAUGACAUGACUCUACCAGAGUUUAAGUUCAUCUUCUACAUGGAGUGGGGCCACAGGAUGUGGGGCAGGCUGGUAGGGCUGGCCUAUGUCCUCCCCACCAUCUACUUCUGGAAGAAAGGCUACUUCAACAGAUCUAUGAAGGGACGUGCACUGGGACUCUGUGGAUUUGUGUUCUUUCAGGGCCUCCUGGGCUGGUACAUGGUGAAGAGUGGUCUGGAGGAGAAGCCAGAGUCCUAUGAUGUCCCCCGAGUCAGUCAGUAUCGCUUGUCUGCUCACUUAGGGUCAGCUCUGCUGCUCUACUGUGCUAGUCUAUGGACCGGACUCACACUGAUGGUCGAGCCGCACAAGUUGGCUAAUACUAAGCAUCUGAACCAGCUGAGGAGGUUUGCUAAGGGCACUGUAGGCUUGGUCUUCCUCACCGCACUCUCAGGUGCGUUUGUUGCAGGGCUGGAUGCUGGGUUGGUGUAUAACUCGUUCCCUAUGAUGGGAGACCGAUGGAUCCCUGACGACCUUCUGGCCUUUUCUCCAACACUCAAGAACUUCUUCGAGAACCCCACCACUGUUCAGUUUGACCAUCGAGUUCUGGCAAUCUCGUCUCUGACGGCCAUCACAGGUCUCUAUAUGUUCUCCAGGAGGAUGAUGCUACCUAGGAGAGUUAAGAUAGCCAUAUCCUGCCUUACAGCUAUGGCCUAUGCGCAGGUUGCCCUGGGCAUCAGUACCCUGCUUCUUUACGUGCCCACUCCCCUGGCAGCGACCCACCAGUCAGGCUCUGUCGCUCUGCUCUCAUUUGCCAUCUGGGUCCUCGCAGAGCUCAGGAAGGUGGCAAAGUAGAUGCCCACUUUCCCAUGACUCAAACCAGUCCAAGGAGAAAAAAAAAAGAAUAUUCACAAGAUGUUCCAGGAAAAAAGAGAAGUGAGGAGAGAAUCAUUCUAUAAAACAAUGGAUUGGGUCUUUUGAUACUAUUUCGGGGAACUUCUAUGUUGCAAAGCUGCAAGCUUCUUCCAUGGGUUUGAAGUUAUAUCAUAACAUUAGAAUUCAGUCAUAUAAUGGUUGUUUUGAUUGAUGCAAUGGCUAGAAUGUUCAAGCUUAUUUUACAACAUUUUUCCCCUGCAGUGCCAGGAGGUGUCGCCUGUAGUUCAGAAAUCUCACUGAAAGGCAUUACUGUAGCUGACGACAGAUGUAAUUUCAAUGUCACUAGAUAGUGACUAUUUAAUAAACUGAAAUUGAAUUGAGCAGUGUAGAAUUUUAGCAACCAGGAAAUUAGCGAUUUACACUAGAUGACACAGCCACAAAUUCAGAACAGCUUUCUAAGUUUGAAAACAGAUGCUGCUCUGGCGGGAGAAAUCAAUAGGUGAAUAUCACAGCCAAUCACAACACUGGCAGGUAAGUAAUACUGUGAAACACUGAUUCCACUGUUAGUGGCAGACAUAUUAUGGACAUUUUAUGAAAUUAUAUUGCAAAAAUUCUAAAAAGAAAUCCUAUGUUGGCACCUUUUAAUGCCUUCAGAAAGUAUUCAUACCCCUGGACUUAUUCCACAUUGUUGUUACAGCUUGAAUUUCAAGAAAUAAAAAAACUCAUCCAUCUAUAGUGCAUUCAGAAAGUAUUCAGACCCCUUCACCUUUUCCACAUUUUGUUACGUUACAGCCUUAUUCAUAAGUAUUCAGACCCUUUACUCAGUACUUUGUUGAAGCACCUGUUUUCAUUUUGUCAUUAUGGGGCAUUGUGUGUAGAUGGGUGAGAAUUAUUAUUUUUUGAAUUCAGGCUGGAAUGCAAAAGUCAACUGAUCAUUUUAAAGGCUUGCAUACAAUAAUUACAUAAUACUAACGGGUACAUAGGAAGUGUGUGUGCCUUUUGCUUCUGAAAAGGACAGGACAUGAAUGCUUUUGACUUAUUGAGUUGUUUCUCAUCCUUUGACUUCUGUCUGUUUCUGCUGAUCAAUGCACUGCCUCUUGAUUUUUCUGUAUUUUCAUACUGAGGUGAAUAUUAAUGCUUGCGGUAACCACAGAUCUAGGAUCAGUUACCCAACCCCCGAAUCCUUACCUGAACGAUUGAGGUAUACGGGCCUAUCUGAGCCAGGAUCAGUGGCUGGAGGGCAAUCUUUGUAUGUUAAAUAAUGUAUUAUAUAUUGCUUUAGGACACGUGUGUGUGUGUGAUAAAUACAUAUGGAAUCUUGAGUUUGUUUUGUUACUAGAGAUGUCUUGUCUUUAAAUAAAGGCAAUGUUAAACCAU